AUGUCUCGUGCAUUGCAGGACUGUGAUUCUCCGACUUUACGUGCGAUGGAGGACUCUGAUUCUCCUACUUCUCGUUGGCUGUUCACCCAAGAGCAGCUGAAAAAUAGCCCUUCUCGUAAAUGUGGUUUGAAGGCCCAGAAGGAGUUCUCCUACCGCCAACAAGCUACUUUUCUGAUCCAGGACAUGGGCAAGAAGCUCCAUGUCUCGCAGGUUACCAUCAAUACUGCCAUCGUGUACAUGCAGCGGUUCUACAUGCUGCAUUCGUUUACAAAAUGCAAUAAAAGGCUGUCCCCGGCAGCGCUCUUCCUGGCCGCAAAAGUAGAGGAAGAGCCGCGGGCAGCGGAAGAUGUCAUGACAUAUGCCUGUCUUACACCUGAAUCUCCAGAAUUGGACACUAAGAGCCAGGCCUACAUGGAGAAGGCAGAUGAGUUAUUGACUCUAGAGACUAUUCUUCUGGAGACCCUGGGCUUUGAUAUCACGAUUGAACAUCCUCAUGCAAGUCUUGAUGAAAUAGUGCCAUCACUGAAAGAAAGCAAGGCUCUUACAAGCGUCUUCUAUCACCUGGCCGACCACAGCUUUGUCACCACAUUCUGCCUUCAGUACAAGCCAUCCGUCAUCGCCUGUGUAUGUAUCCACCUUGCCUACAAGUUGUCCAAACAGGAGGUAUGUCUUAAAAACAAUGAUAAACCUUGGUGGGAAGGUGUGGACGAAACAGUGACUGCCAAACUGCUAGAUGAAUUGACAAAUGAUUUUGUGGACGUUCUUCAGACUACUCCAUAA